AAAGAGCAGUUCUAAAGCAAAAUGUUGAUAAAGUAAUUCGAAAUAUUGUUUAUGUUUGUACAUUUCGUUUCGACUUGUCAUUUUUAACUAGUCCAAGGAUUCAAAAUGGCUGCGCCCAUGCAAAAGUUAGCACGAAUUGCGUGCCAGUGUUUUUCCCGUAAACAACAAGAUACGGUAUUUAGGGAACAGUUGAAUAACCUCACGUCAGCAUUGAAUUCAAUCACAGCGAAAGAUGUCAACUUUGACCCGAAAUCCGUGACAGCAAGAAGUUCGGAAACGGACGCCCCUGUCACGUACGUCCACAUUUGGGAAGAUGACAUUUUCACCAUGGGAAUAUUUGUUGUGAAACCUGGAGGCAAAUUACCCAUGCAUGAUCACCCUAACAUGUAUGGAUUCUGUAAAGUGAUUCAUGGCUCGGUUCAUUUGAAAAGCUAUAGUGUUGUUUCUGAUCAGAAAAUUCCCGAAGAUGUUGAAAAGAAAUUACAAUUGUGGCAAAAACCAUUGGUGAAAUCAGUUAGUUUACGCCAAGACCAAAUACUUACAACGAAUGAUGAUUGCUGCUUUCUCACACCAAGUGAUGGAAAUAUUCACGAAAUACAGUCUGCAGGUGGGAUAGCUGCAUUCCUGGAUAUUUUGGCACCUCCAUACAACAACAAUCAGAGCCGGGACUGCCAUUAUUACAAGGAGCUUCCAGUGUCCAGCAUUUUGGGAAAUAAGAAAGUUGGCAGUGCAUCUAUAGAGAACAGCAAACCAACAACCAGAUGGCUUAUGCAAGUUUCUCAACCACACGAGUACUGGUGUGACACACUGGAUUACUUGGGGCCACCAAUAAUUGUUUAAACUUUAACUUUCAAUGUUCAAACCAUGCAAGGAAAUCUAGUUUAUUCUAGGCAGAGGAGAUGCUGUGCUACUAUCAUGACUAUUAUCUCUUUUAUAUAAUUUAUUGAUUCAUAAUUUAUUGAAUGAUUUGUCUAACUUGUCAACUUGUUUCAUUUGUUCCAUGUGUGAUGAUAAAUUGCAUGUUGACAUUGACCUGUUUACAAAGAACAAAUAUGGUAUACAAUACGAUAUAUGUAUACAGGGAAAGUUACUUAUGCAAUGUUACCUAUAACCGAUAACAGUAAUAUCAUUUUUUCGUGUUCAAAUAUAUUUUUGAAGUAGAUCUAGACAGCUUCAUUCCAUAUUAACCUUGCAAUUCCAAAUUCCAAUCCAUUUACACAUCAGUGUGUAAAUUAUGAUCAUAUUCCAUGGGAGCAGGUUAAUAAUACGGCCUCAUGUCAGAAUAGUGUCAAAACAGCCACAGAAAAAGGUCAAAACAUCCACAGGUAAAAAUAUUAUGUCACAUGACUUGUAUUAAUUUAUAUAUAUAUAUUGAAUAUGUAACAUGCAAUAACCAUGAUAACAGUUCUUAACAUUCUUAACACGUACCAUGUACACCCAGUUCAGCACUUCACCAUGUAAACUUUCAGGGGUUUAUCUAUACUUGCUCAGAGACCAAUAUUCAGCCCCAGGUCUGCAGCAAAUUGGUAUCAAUAAUUUCCCAGUUCAUGUCAAUAUAUAAGGUAACCUGUAUUUCACUGAUAACAAUUUUUAUCCAACUGUUUUCUCGCAAUUAUACGCUUCACUGGCAUUGUAACAGUGUUGUUUGUUUGUGAUGCAGUGAUUGUUGCCUUAAGUGUUUAAGAGGUUUCCUUCUGCCUUAUACCAAUAUAGUUUAAGCUAACUGUCCCUCUUUGGGUCUCGCGUGUAAGUAGGGUAUACAUAUAUGAUGAGGAUUUCUUUUUCCAUAUUGAUAUGAUUUCAAUUUUUAGAAAAUAGAAAUAGCCACACACACAUGUGCCUGCACGUUGCUUUGUAAGUGCACUAUUCUUGGACGUGACGUUUCCUAAUCCUGCUUAUUAGGAUCAAAGUUUAUUCAUGUUUUCACAACAGAUUGGGACACUGGUCAGUAGAGAGAUCAAAGUAAUUUGAUGAGAACGGUUAAAACAACAUGCGAACUCUACUGGAACAGAUUACAUCGUACAAUAUCUAACAUGUAAUCUGUACACCUCCUGCUUACAUUGAAUAUUCAUUUAUUGUUAAGUUCAUUUAUAAUUUCGACUUUUUACCUGUGACCAUUUUGACUUUUUAGUUGUGGCUGUUAUGACCUUUUUAUGGCCAUUUUGACACGUUUGUGUCCGUUAUUACUUUGGACAUUCAGUUUUGAAGCUGUUCUGACAUGAGGCCAUUUUGACUACAACCCUUAUUCCAUCAUGUCCACAAUGAAAAACAUUCAAACUUUUGUCAUGUUUUCAUGGUUUCCAUGCCAAAUAUAGGGAUAGACCAUAUAUUACGAUAUGCGUUCGUCCCAUUACAAUACAUACCAUGAUGCUUCAUUUACAAUAGUUAUUGAGAUACUUAAUUUUCACCAUUUUUGCAUGCUACAAGCAACAUGUAAGAUACAUGGGUGGCCAUGUCAUGUAUCGUGUUGUCAAAAGUAGAUUUGUGAUGCAUUGGUUGUCAUGAUAUAGGAUUACAAGUAGCUGGAGGAUUUUUGUAAGUUAAGACUAAGAGUGAAAAAGGCUGAUAGCCAAGCAGGAGAGCAUUAUGCUUAUUUCACAACCCUGUAAACCUCAGUAACAAUAAGGCUUCAAGGCAGAUUAUAGAUAUGUGUAUGUAUAUGGUAUAUAUGUCCAUAUACCCUACUGCUGCACAGUGAGUUGAGUUUUGUGUCAUUAUAAGCAUUGCUUGCAUUGUAGCCAUAAUACAAUGGGGACACAAAGAAUAGGCUUCCAACAUUGUACCCAUAUGCAGAAUCAAACCUGAUCUGCAGCAGGAUAAGCUGAUGUUUUAUCCACUGAACCACCCCACCGCAAACAUCUGCUUAGUGCUUAGGGAGGGAGAGAUAGAGUGUGUGUCUGUCUGUGAGAGAGUAUUAUAGCCUAGGCAAUCAGAUACUAAGUAAUACUUUAGACAUGAGAGGGACCAUGCUUAAAUCUGGUGUCCACUUUCAGUGAAGGUCUAGUCAUUGUUAUUGAUGUCACAUGUGAAACUGAGACACUGACUCAUGUAAUUUGCGUGAUAUUUAUGAUGAGGAUGAGGAUGAUGUAUACCCAUACAAUUAGGGUAGGUAGUUGGUGUGACAUGGAUGUGGGGCUUGGUCAUUGUACCCAGCAUGGAUUGUUGCUCACAAUAUCAACCACUAGGUUGACUGGUCCAGACUGAAAUAUUUAAUUGCUGAAUGUUGCUGACUGUGGUGUUAGACAACAAACAAUCAAAAGGUAUUGAGUUACAUAAAUCAAACUUACUAGGACUGGCAUUUGGCCCAAGCCCCACACACUUUAGUAGGUUCUGCAGAUAUAUUUAAGUCUUUGAGUUUGGAAUGCUUUGUAUGCCCUGCCAUGUUCGGGAGUAGAGAAGAUCAUGUUAAUUGCUAUGCAGUUUUGUUAUAAUUCAAUCUCAUUAAAAUCAGAUCUUAGUUCUCGCUACCGCUAAACAAAGAUCUGAGGACAUCCCAUUACGGGUCACGCCAGACCGACCUUGCGCGAACUUUGACCGACCAAUGGAAUGACCAAUG